AUGAUACGGCAAGCGUCUUCACUGGCUCCUCUUCCUAGCCCAACCCUUUUCUGCUCUCACCUCCGUUUCCACAAGCAGAAGAGGGGCAUCUGAUGGCUGCUGCUAUCCAGGAGGUGGCCCUGAGCUCCGGAUCCAAGGCCAUGCCCCGCAUUGCUAUGGGCACUGCCUCCUACCCCUUGGCGCCCUUCGACGCCACUCGGGACGCCAUACUCCGCGCCAUCAAGAUCGGCUACCGCCACUUCGACACCGCCGCGCUCUACUCGUCUGAGGAGCCGCUAGGCGAGGCCGUAGCAGAAGCGCUCCGAUUGGGGUUAAUCGCCUCCCGGGACGAGCUCUUCAUCACCUCAAAGCUCUGGAUCCAGGACGCCCAUAGCCAUCUCGUGCUUCCUGCCUUGCAAAAGUCACUUAGGAGCCUUCAAUUGGAGUACCUUGACCUCUAUCUCAUUCACUACCCCAUUUGCGCCAAACCAGGAGGCCUUAAUACAGCAAUUGAAAACUUUGUAUCAAUUUCAAAUGAUGAACUAAUGCCAAUAGAUAUAAGCUCAGUAUGGGCAGCCAUGGAGGAGUGUCAAAGGAUGGGGCUUACUAAAUCCAUUGGAGUCAGCAAUUUCUCCAUUAAAAAGAUUGAGAAACUGCUCUCUACUGCAACAAUUCCACCUGUAGCCAACCAGGUGGAGGUGAACCCUCUUUGGCAACAAAAGGAGCUGAGGGAGUUUUGCAUGGCUAAAGACAUUCAGUUGUGUGCUUACUCGCCAUUGGGAGCCAGAGGAACAACCUGGGGUCAAAAUUGGGUCAUGGAGUGUGAGAUUCUACAACAAAUAGCCAAAGCUAAAGGAAAGACUCUUCCUCAGAUAUGUUUGAGGUGGGUUUAUGAGCAAGGAGACUGUGUGAUAGUGAAAAGCUAUAGUGAGAAAAGAUUGAUGGAAAAUUUGGACAUCCUGGACUGGGAGUUGAAUGAAGAAGAGAGGGAGAGCAUCAGUAGAAUUCCUCAGCGCAAAGGAAAUCAAGCUCUGUUCUUCGUCGCAGAGAACGGUCCCUAUAAAUCUAUGGAAGAGCUUUGGGAUGAUGAAAUAUGAUGAACGUUUAGCUAAAUGAUUUAAAUUUGUUUCUGAUGUAAGUUUCUCUUAUGAUGUCAAAACCUGCCCUAAUGGCUUCCCUUCAUUGAAUAAAGGUUCCACGGGCCCACGGUUGCAUUUUAA